AUGUGCUCGGACACAUGUUCGUUCACCCUGGAAACUUGGAGGUAUCUACUCUGUACCCUCAUGUCUGUGCUCCUGGUGUCUCUUGUGAGUCGCCGAAAGUUCUCUUGUGAAUUGUGUUUAAGCUGUGGCGCCGAGGUAAUCGAGCAUUAUCCACGUGUCGCUAAAUCAUCCUUUGGCGGCAUGUCCCGUUCCGUAUCUGGCAAUAUGGUGAAUAGAGAGGGCGGGUUGGAGAUGUAUGUGUGCAGGGUGCAAAGUUAUUCUUACCAGACCUGGAGACAUAGCUCCUCCAUGUGCACUCAUGCAGCAGGAUGCCAAAUUUCCAAGGACAGCCGAAGCCCCAGUCGAAAUAGCCAGGGACGUGGAUGGAUGUUCGAAUUGAGGUUCAGCCCGGGCCCAGCUUGGCUGCUCCGUACCUGGGGACACAAGGUUGGAUUUGAAUCCGUAACCUGGCUGCUGGUUGAGCCUGGUCUGGGGUGUGCAGAGGUUUACUCUGCUUGCUCGGGCCAAGUUGCACCUGGGAAAACGUUUUGCAGGGUCGACCCAGUCUCUUGGGACCGGUUGACAGCGUACAGGGAGAGGUGCCAUGUGAGACGAGGUGGCUGGACGCAAGACAGCAGGCAGGGCCACUCGACAAAAUACAUGGUACUCCGUAUAUUGGGUUGCGUGGACAGGCCUGGUGCGAAUGGGAACUUUAGAAUGGGAUGGCGGAGUGAAUGCAGGGAGCUCAAGCUUGAUUGUGUUUCAAAGCAUGGAGAUGAACCGGUAAGCCGGAGACGUGAACCACCAUUAACCAGACACAUGACAGAUGAGAGCCAACCAGACCACAUGGCAAGAGCAAUGGGUGUGACCUGUGUGUAUCCAUCCGUCUGUCAGAAGAGGUCAUCGGCAAGAGCAUUUGCUUGUUCCUUCCCAAUGGAUCGCCAGUGGACACGCCCCCACGUGGCUGGCUAUUAUUGUCAAGCACUCGAUACCUAUUCCUCCGUUCACUUUGUGCUGUUGUCUCAUAGCCUACCAUGUCAUGCUUUUGAAUUUUUGGUGCAUUCAAAGCGAACUCAGAUCUAUGUCCAUUUCGAGGGUUCACAAAUGACCCGAAAAGAGCCUAUCUAUCGGAGAUUCGUUUCCAAUUUCAGAUACAGUCAACAAACCUAUAAUUACAUGGCCCUGCAACAACCACAUGCAAACUCUGACCAUGGCAUAGCCCUGCUCCUUGGGUACACAAGGCUAUUUGGUACGAUUCCACAUUGCCGCUCACUUAAGCGUCCCAACAACCAGACAGUUCCGCACUUCAUACAUCGCUCGACCCUUGAAAUCACAGUGUCAGGCCGACUGAAGCCCCGAUCCUUGAACCCUGUGCGAAUGGGUUGGGCGUUUCGAACCCACUUGGCUAGUAACAAGACCCCUAAAGACAAUACAAGACGAAGCGAGAGUCAAAUGGGCCGCGCAUUGCACAAAGCUUUGGCUCAUAAGAAGAAGCCCGUGAUCAUUUUUGCUGGAGCUCAACUACGGACUCCGCUUGCAAUGCUUACACUCAACCACCUUACAGCCAGAGUCAGACAUUUGCCGUUGUCUGUCAACAACAGUGGCACCAGGUAA